AUGCCCGCCAUCUCGACUUACGACUCCAGCUUCAUGACCCAGCGCCAACUUGCCGUCAAGCCCGAAAACGCCGACCACCUGAAAAUAUACAUCUGCGCCAAUUGCACGGAAAUGACUAAAAACCUCUCGAAAGCCGCGCAGAACAUCUUCAAGACCUAUGUCUGCACCGACUGCCAGAAGCGCAACGUCGCAGCCCGUUUCCCGCCA